CACCGCUGGUCCAAGCCAUCUUCAGUGGUGACCCAGAGGAGAUUCGCAUGCUCAUCCACAAGACGGAAGAUGUGAACGCACUGGAUUCUGAGAAACGAACCCCGCUCCAUGUGGCUGCCUUCCUGGGAGAUGCAGAGAUCAUUGAACUCCUGAUUUUGUCAGGAGCUCGCGUCAAUGCCAAGGACAACAUGUGGCUGACCCCUCUGCACCGGGCUGUUGCCUCCAGAAGUGAAGAGGCGGUGCAGGUACUGAUCAAACACUCGGCCGACGUCAACGCGAGGGACAAGAACUGGCAGACCCCCCUCCACGUGGCGGCAGCCAAUAAGGCUGUCAGGUGUGCCGAGGUGAUCAUCCCACUGCUGAGCAGUGUCAAUGUCUCCGACCGAGGCGGGCGCACGGCCCUGCACCACGCAGCUCUGAACGGGCACAUGGAGAUGGUCAGUUUGCUCCUGGCCAAAGGGGCAAACAUCAAUGCAUUUGACAAGAAGGACCGGCGCGCUCUCCAUUGGGCAGCGUACAUGGGUCACCUGGAUGUCGUGGCACUGCUGAUUAACCACGGCGCCGAAGUCACCUGCAAGGACAAGAAGGGUUAUACCCCUCUGCACGCCGCAGCCUCCAAUGGGCAGAUCAACGUGGUCAAACACCUCCUGAACCUGGGGGUGGAGAUCGACGAAGUCAACGUCUAUGGAAACACAGCUCUACACAUCGCCUGCUACAACGGCCAGGAUGCUGUGGUUAACGAGCUCAUCGACUACGGUGCUAACGUGAACCAGCCCAACAAUGGCGGCUUCACCCCUCUGCACUUCGCAGCGGCGUCCACCCAUGGCGCUCUGUGCCUGGAGCUGUUGGUAAACAACGGGGCCGAUGUGAACAUUCAGAGUAAGGAUGGCAAAAGCCCCCUUCACAUGACGGCUGUCCACGGAAGGUUCACGCGGUCACAGACCCUCAUCCAGAACGGAGGUGAAAUCGACUGCGUGGAUAAGGACGGCAACACUCCCCUCCACGUGGCCGCAAGAUACGGCCACGAGCUUCUGAUUAACACCUUAAUAACAAGCGGAGCCGAUGCAACCAAGUGUGGAAUCCAUAGCAUGUUCCCCUUACACUUAGCCGCCCUAAAUGCUCACUCUGACUGCUGCAGGAAGCUAUUGUCCUCUGGCUUUGAAAUAGACACCCCAGAUACGUUUGGAAGAACGUGCCUUCACGCCGCUGCCGCAGGAGGCAACGUAGAAUGUAUAAAACUCCUGCAGAGCGGCGGAGCAGAUUUUCACAAAAGGGACAAAUGUGGGAGGACCCCUCUUCACUAUGCAGCCGCAAACUGCCACUUCCACUGUAUUAAAGCAUUAGUGACCACGGGAGCCAACGUUAACGAAGCAGAUGAUUGGGGACGGACAGCUCUGCACUACGCCGCUGCCUCAGACAUGGAGAGAAAUAAGAUGAUGUUGGGGAAUGCCCACGACAAUUCCGACGAACUUGACAGAGCCCGGGAAAUGAAGGAGAAAGACGCUGCACUCUGUCUAGAGUUUCUGCUUCAAAAUGACGCGAACCCCUCCAUCCGGGACAAGGAAGGCUACAAUAGCAUCCACUAUGCCGCUGCCUAUGGCCACAGACAGUGCCUAGAACUGCUUUUGGAAAGAACCACCACUGGUUUUGAAGAAUCAGAUUGCGCUGCUCCCAAGAGUCCACUCCACUUAGCGGCCUACAAUGGGCACCACCAAGCCUUGAAGGUCCUUCUCCAGUCGCUGGUGGACCUGGACAUCAGGGACGAGAAAGGCCGGACGGCUUUGUACCUAGCUGCUUUCAAAGGCCACACGGAAUGCGUGGAAGCGCUCGUUAACCAGGGUGCGUCCAUCUUUGUGAAAGACAAUGUCACCCAAAGGACUCCGCUUCACGCCUCAGUUGUUAAUGGGCACACGCUGUGCUUGAGACUCCUGCUCGAAAUGGCAGACAACCCCGAAGCGGUUGACGUGAGGGACGCCAAGGGACAAACGCCACUGAUGCUUGCAGUAGCGUACGGACACAUCGAUGCUGUCUCGUUGCUGCUGGAGAAGGAAGCAAAUGUUGACGCUGUGGACAUAGUGGGGUGCACAGCUCUGCACAGAGGGAUUAUGACAGGACAUGAGGAAUGUGUGCAAUUGCUGCUGGAACAAGACGCGUGCGUCCUCUGCAGAGACGCCAGAGGCAGGACGCCCCUGCACUAUGCGGCCGCUCGGGGCCAUGCCACGUGGCUGAGUGAGCUGCUCCAGAUUGCCCAGUCGGAAGAGGACUGUUGCCUCAAAGACAACCAGGGCUACACGCCCCUGCACUGGGCUUGCUAUAAUGGCAAUGAAAACUGCAUUGAGGUACUUUUGGAGCAGAAAUGUUUUCGGAAAUUUGUUGGCAACCCCUUCACUCCACUGCACUGUGCCAUAAUAAAUGGCCACGAGAACUGUGCGUCACUGCUGCUGGGGGCCAUCGAUCCCAGCAUCGUCAGUUGCAGGGAUGACAAAGGCAGGACAACCCUCCACGCAGCAGCCUUUGGUGACCACGCGGAGUGCUUGCAGCUGCUGCUGAGACACGGCGCCCAAGUGAACGCGGUAGAUCAUUCAGGGAAAACGGCUUUGAUGAUGGCUGCUGAGAACGGGCAGGCAGGCGCGGUGGAUAUUUUGGUGAACGGUGCCCAGGCUGACCUGAGUGGCAAGGACAAGGACUUGAAUACUCCCUUACACCUGGCUAUCAGCAAGGGCCAUGAAGGCUGCGCCUUGCUAAUACUUGACAAGAUUCAAGACGAGAGCCUUAUCAACGCGAAAAACAGUGCCCUGCAGACACCCCUCCAUAUAGCUGCCCGCAAUGGCUUGACGGCGGUCGUGGAGGAGUUGCUGGCCAAAGGAGCCUGUGUGCUCGUGCUCGACGAAAACGGUCAUACCCCGGCCCUGGCUUGUGCUCCUAACAAAGGCGUGGCUGACUGCCUGGCCCUCAUUCUGGCUACCAUGAUGCCCCUUUCUCCCUCCAGUGCCAUGACGGCGGUCAACUUGGUUGGUCUUAGAAAGGACAAUUGGAGCAGGACGACCCUCUCCAACCUGGGUAGCGGGGUCAGCCUGAGCAGUAACCACGUGGGCUCCGAGGACGGGUAUAACGAAAACGAUUCCGACUCAGAAACGUUCUAACCGUGGACCGUAGAGGCGCGUCCCCAGCCGCCUGCCCUGCAGGAAGGGACGGAAGCUAGAAUGCCAGACUCACGCUGUAUUCGAGUUAUUUGAGACCAAGCUUCCAGAAAGUCAACAGACAAGGAACCAGUCUAGCCAAAGGAGGGCAGCUAGGCUGUAGGCUGAAGCACACGCAGAUAGACCUGGCUUCUGCUUUGCUUCCUGUUUUCUUUAGAUCUAAGGUACUUCUGUGAAAGUCCUACCUCUCAUUUUAAGUGAGGGAAAUUUCUAAGUAUUGCAUCCUUUGUCUUUGGGGAUCACACAACAGAGGGACAAAUGUUCAGCCUAAAGAGUUCCUUCCUCACGUAUUCACCAAUGAGUUCUGUGGUCUGCCAAGCAACAUUCGUGUCCCCUGGGAGGGGAGGGAAGAGGGGCUAGGAAAUGCCUGCACCCUCUUCCCAGCCGGCUGUUUACUUCCUCACUAGAAGCCAAAGGUCAAAGUUCAUCUUCAGGCGUAAUGCCUAUAAUCAUCUUAAGGGAGUCCACCUGACCCUACCUCCUCGUAGGAAGCCUGUAAAUUCCGCAGCUUCUUCCCAGGAUCUUGGUUAAAGUUGCCAGAUGAAUGUGAACAUUGACCGUGCUUUCACGUUAGACACAAACAAAAUAGCACCCAGGGCCCUCCUUAAGAAACCUGUGAGUAAUUUCUCAGUGGAGUAAAUGGAUCCCAAAUUUAGCCAAUAACACAUUUCAGGUGAAAUUAUAUCAUGCCAAAACUUGAAACAAUAUGCAAAUCAAAUAGGAAAUCACUGUCUAGCGAGCUUGCUCGUAAAAGGAAAUGCUGACUUUGGUAAGGGCCUCAGGGCUGGCGCUGUCCUUCCACAGUAGAAUAGCACGAAGCGCUCAGUCAAGGUGGUGGCCCGGGAGUGACCGUGCGUGCUGUGAAAGGGAACCAAGGAGCCGGGAGCAGAAAUGGUUGGUGUGGAAGCGCAAGCCGAUUUGCCGGUUGUUUGCUAACGAAAUCAGCAUUGUGAAUACCUGUGUCUGCUCCCUCUGCCAAAGCUUCUAGGUCCAACGGACCCCGCCCUUCACCUGAAACAGCCGCACAGAAGGAAGAAUGAGACUUUGCGACUUUCGCCCACAUCCUUACACACGUGCGUGUAAAUGGAUGUGUGGACUCCGUCAGCCCCACUGCCCAUGAGGACCAAAAUGCUUCCGCCGACAACGGGAGACUUUGAACUUUUUCUUUCUCUCUAAAUGCAAGUGGGAACCGUAGUAACUUUUCUAUGGGGUUGAAAUGUAAUCAUUUUUUGCAUACCGGUCUUUACUGUAUUUUAUAUUUCUAAUGACGUGGUUUUCUAGCAGAUGGUGUGACAUUUGUAACUGAUUCCCCCAUGAUGUGUUGACCCCGGGUUUUUGUUUUGUUCUCAAACCAGAGAAUAUGUCUGUAUACUUUGAUGUAAAUGUGUUUAUAUUUAUUUGAAAUGAAACAAAUGCUGAGAAAAUAGACACUGUUUAGGCUCUCUCUCUCUCUCUCUCUCUCUCUCUCUCUCUCUCUCUCUCGUUGCUAUUUACCUUAUUUAGAAUAAUAAAAAUAAGUGGGAAAAUACCCCUGCCUCUGGGCUAGCCGAUAGCUCUGGGGUUAAACCCAGCAUUUCCCAUGACUACCAGCUGACCCUCAGGUUUGCUCCUUGCCUGGUCCCAUUCUGUAGUCAAUCAGAACCCUUCCACGAGAUGAAAACGGGUGUAGCUGAUCAUGCACACGAAGGUAGCCCAAGGAAAGACCCGGAGGCUGCCAAAAUGACACCAAAAAUGUCUCAUGAUUCUGAGACUUAAUGGGGACUGAGGCCAAGUGUGGGCACUGUGCCAAGAAAAGGAAUUAAAACCAAACACAGAGACCCAAGACCAGGCGCUGUGUUCCGCUCACUGAAGGUUCAGAAGAGACAUCCAGGGUUCUGUCUUCGCCCUUGAAUAUUCUAUUUUAUAGUGUUUUACAGGGCUCGCUCACAUCUGAAUGAGACCCAGACAACAUACGCUGUUGUUCCCACCAAGCUUGGGGCCUUUACCCUCACCCUUUUCAAUAUCCUGGAUUUAAUGAAAACUCACGUUGGAUCUUCACAAAUGAAAACUUGUUCAGAAGUUUUAUAAAACUGAUAUGGUUUUAUAAAUUAUUUAUAAAUUAUGGUUUUUUGAUUUCAGCAGGCAAAUCUUGCACCAGCAACAUUUUUUUUUUACCUUCUCGGGGUGAAGGUGUGAUGAACCCCUCCAUCUGUUCAUCUUGUUUAGAGCAGGUGUGUUUUUAACACGUAGACAGACUGCUAAUGAGCAGCAAGGACCUCGCCUUUAGGGAACCCCGCAGAUUAAGGGAGCGCUCCUGUUUAGGUGUGAUGAGCUGUGCGCCUUCUUCCAGAAGGGAGUGGAAGUCUUGCCGGGCUGGCAUUUAAAGCCGGAAAUGAAAUGCCGGCGUUGGUAGUUGACGAGAGCAAGGGAGUUGCUUCAGCAAAGCAAUGGCCUAGCAGGAGCCACUGUGACCAUGGAGCCCUGCUGGCCUUCCCUGGCUCUUUCUGAUGGAGGAAAGACAAGGAGCCAAAUGAAAUCAAGCUUACAAAGAGAGCCAUUCUUCUAAGUUGGCCUGUCUGUCUGUCUGUGUCUGUCUGUCCGUCUUUCUUUGACUCUGUCCCUCCUCCCCGCCCAACAAGACCAAAAUUUUUUUUUUAAAGAAGUAACCUUUCAAAACUUAUAACUUCUCUGGAUUUCAGUUGUCUCAUGAAUGUUUGCGACAUCACUUUCUGGGGGCGGGGGAGGAGUGUUUUUAGUAGCGUCUGAGUUGCUCAGUGCUUUUCUCCUAAACGCAUGGUUUUUAGAUUGUAUGUUAGCCACCCACCACAGGGACCAUGUCUGAUUGCCCUUACCUGUCCGCUGGUGUCUGCCUAUCUCUGGUAAAUUCAUGACUAUCUCCAAAUCGCCUAAAAGUCCUAGCAAAUCAUAACUCAGGGGAUUUCUAUUCGUCACUACUAAAAGGGCACCAUAGUAUGUUUUGGUACGUUGGGCAGUGAACGGCCGCUUAGCUCAUUGCCCCGUUGCAUUAGAACGAGGACACUGAAGGAUUUGUUGCACACUAGUCAUGCUCACGCUAGUGAGCAGCUGGGUUUGUGCAACCAUUGCACUGUUGAGAAACUCGUCCCGUUGUGGUCUUGUGUCAUGAUGUCAGAGUGCCUUUUAUAUUUGUAUAUCCUGGAAAUGUUCCGUGAGACGCUUUGUAUCUUUUCACUCGAGUGUUACUGGAGCAAUAUAAUCCUAGGGAGUUUAUUCUUUUUUUUCUUUCAAUGUCUCCUUUCCCUAUUUCUCCCCAUCUCUGCUUUGAAACGAAGAUGCUUAAGUUUUCUAUAGGAAUUGUGUUUGGCUCUGUCGUACUGAGACGCUUUUUUCACACAGGGCUGUGAACCAUAGGUCAGUAUUAUAGAGAAGCAGCAUUCUAAGAUAGCGACAAUCUGAGCGUGCGUGUAGAAUGUAACUCCGUGUGUUUCCUAUGCAGUGAUCUGAAGAGUCAAUGCAAGCAUCUUAUGUGUAGUAGGUUUGUCUGCAGACUACGCUGUAGCAUGUGCAAUAUAUCCUUGCCAAGCACGAUGAGACACAUGUUGUGCCAAUGUUGCAUUUUGUAUAACAUAUUUGUAACAGCAUAGACUAUCGUGUGAUGAUUUUAGUGGGAUUUUUGUCUGUACUUUUAAAAAUGGAAAUCAGACUUGAAUGACUCUGGUCAAUGUCAUGAGUGUAAAAAUGAGGAAAACGGCUUCCGGUUCAGUGAAGGACUUCGAACCAGUCUGAAUCUCCCCAAGCACAGUUGAUACUUUGCAACUACUGAAUGCUCUCGCAUUGGAACGAAGUACUUACCUGUAAUAUACUAUGGACCUGCAUUCAGAUGGUUAUUUUUGCAAAUAAAAACGGUACAAAUAUUGUUGCAA